UCAUAGUCCUGCAUUAUUUCAGACUGCAUGAGGCAGAAUGAUCACUAGAGGAAUGGGUCCAUACACACUGCAUUGUCUACAAUGGCAUCAUUAAGGAGCUGCAGUUUUAUCUGCUCUGUGUGGGUGCUUUUGUCUUUUUUUUCAGCAAUGAAAACAGAGAAGUGCAUUGAAUUGAAUCAGACAGAGACAAUCCAUCAGGGAAUGCCAACUACCAUCAACUGUCUUUACAGCACAAACAGAAGUGACCAUUUAACAGCAUCUUUGAAAAGAAACCGUUUGCUUUGUGAAUACGUCUAUCUCAAUAAAUCCUGGACUAAACGAUUCUGUAAUGACAACAUCAGAUUUGUAUGGAUUCCAGAAACUGAGGAAAUAUCAUUUCAGCUCUUAAAUCUACAGAUAAAUAGUUCAGGUAUUUACACGUGUACUGUGGUAAACUACUUCCCACCUCCUACAAGCUGUUUGGGAGAGAAGAGGAUAUCCAUUCAUGUAAACGCACCUCCCUCUGUAUCUGUGUCAUGUGUGAAGGGGCCUGACGGAGCUCCCACAGUGCUUUGUGCUUCUGAGGGCUUUUACCCUGCUGAUCUGAAGCAGGCCUGGUUCAGUGAUGGAGAAUAUAUCAGUUACCUGAAUGCUUCACUUAGACCUCUAUAUAAGGAAAACAUAAACUCCUCUGAUAUCAGCUGGAACUACAGCAAAAACACAGACGGGUCUUACAGAGUCACAUCGUACCUUCACCUGUCUUCAAACAUAACAGUGUACUACUGCUGGGUGAAUCACUCAACUCUGAGCCAACCCAUCAUUGUUAACAUUUCCUCCACUGAGUGCACUGAGAGAGAAGAGAAAUUAACAGGGGUCUUUUUGUCAGUGACGGGAAUCAGUUGUGGUGUGAUGGCUAUCAUUGGGCUGAUCUUUGCAGGAUGUUAUCGAUGUCUCAGAACAAGAAGAUAUUCACGGUCUCCAGUAGAAGCAUCUCCGUUGCCUGAGCCUGCGUCUCAUUCUACACUGGGGACAAUGGGGAACCAUCAGCCUGUUCCAGAGGUGUACUCAACACUAGGAGACGAUUGCCCUGUUCCACAGGUGUACUCAACACUAGGAAACGACUGGCCUGUUCCACAGGUGUACUCAACACUGGGGAACCAUAAGCCUGUUCCAUGCAGGAACAAUAGCAUUGACGCCACAUCUAUCUCUCUAUGACACUCACUAAACAGUCAAACACUUUAAAAUGUGUGACUUAUCUACCCACUGAAAGCUAUCCAAAUCUGAGGUAAUCUGAUUCUGCAUUUAACUCACCAAUUUGAAAAAAGGUCUUGUGCAAUGUAGUUGGAUUAUGAAGAAACAAAACCAUGUUCGUUGUUAUUAUCAGUCAUUGCUAUUGUAAUUAUUAUUGUCUUUCAUUCUAAUUAUUGUCUUUUUCUCUGUCACCUAAUUUUUUCUUUCCUUUCCUUCUCAUAAACGUUUUUUGUUCUUUUUUGUUUUAGAGGUGGAUGGGAAUGGGUGUAUAUAGAGUCUAGGAGAUCCGCAGACAAAAUACAUCACUCACAAAACACAGGGAUGUUGCUCAGAGCAUCUAGAAACAGCAGCUUAUGAAAGGAUUUACAAAUACCUGUUAACGUUUGUUGUAUUGUUUGUAUUUAGUGUUUUCUGUGUGUUUUAUUUUUAAAAAAUCAUUGUUCAAUGAAAAAUAAAUAAUGGUACUGUGAUUUUUUUUUGUCACAAAAGUCAAUAAGGGGUACAAUGUGCUCACUGUGGUUAUUAGAACAAUCAACCUUAAAGUAGUGCCUGUUGUAUUUCUUUUGUCCCUUCUGUAGUUUAGAUUAUAACGAGCCCAUACUAUGUGUGAAACAGCCAGAGUUUAAUUAUUAAAAGGUUAACCUAAUAACCAUGCUGGAUCAUUGACUCACAUGACCUCUUUGAAAUCAGGGCCAGACUGGUAUUCCUCUAUUUCUCCUAACUAAAUUUUUAUUUUUAUUUUUAAAUGUCGCACUACAGAUACUGAAUAAUUUAUAGUAGUUGCUUUCCUCUCGACCAUAAAAAAGUCAAUAUCAGUAAAUGAGUAAUAAA